GCACUGCUCUUCCCGGCGUGCCGCGGGGCGAGGCGGGACCUGCGGGCCCCGGGCGGGGCGUACGGCGGCCGGGAGGGCGGCGGGAUGGAGUCGGUGGUCUUCAUCUUCUCGCUUAUCGACUGCUGCGCGCUCAUCUUCCUCUCCGUCUACUUCAUAAUUACACUAUCAGAUUUGGAAUGUGACUACAUUAAUGCAAGAUCUUGCUGUUCAAAACUCAAUAAAUGGGUUGUCCCUGAGGUGAUUGGCCAUGCUGUUGUCACUGUAUUAAUGCUUAUUUCAUUGCACUGGUUCAUCUUCCUCCUUAAUUUGCCAAUAGCAACAUGGAAUAUAUAUCGGUUCAUUAUGGUGCCAAGUGGAAACAUGGGGGUAUUUGAUCCCACAGAGAUCCAUAACCGAGGACAACUGAAAUCACACAUGAAGGAAGCUAUGAUCAAGCUAGGCUUUCAUCUGCUCUGUUUCUUCAUGUAUCUUUACAGUAUGAUUCUGGCUUUGAUAAAUGAUUGAGAAGUUGAAAAAGAACCAUUAGCUGCCAAAUUGGGUCAUCACUCCAGUGACUGGUUGUGGAGCCACAGACACCUACCGAACAUACCUAGAACAGUGGCAUCAUGCAGUAUAUUUUUCUUCUUUGAACAAGAAAUAUUUUUCUGUAUUUUUAACAUAAAAUAUUUUCAAAAGACAUUGGAUUUGUGUAGCAGUUGUUUUUGAUCUUUUUUUUUUUUGUACCUCAAACUGAUGUAGCUGUUGCUUUUGUAAGGUGAAAUCCUCACUUACAAAACAGAUCUUAUAGGAAUAAAAUGGAGAGAUGGGAACAGCAUUUAACAGCUCGUGGACAGCAGUACUAGUUCUAGAACAAAUUUAAGUGCAGUUCUGAUGCCUGCUUCUUACUGGAAGAGGGCAGGAUGUGCCUCUGGCUGUCAAGCUGUCUGAGUAGAGCCUAGGUUGAAGCAGUCCUUGGAAAGUAGAUUUCAAAGUGGAGCACUAGCACAUCUUUGUGUCACUUUGCUUUGUUCCAUUACCUUUUAGCUGGAAAAAGAAGUUGUGUUUUUUUUUGUUUGUUUGUUUGUUUGGUUUUUUUGCUUCCCAUCCCUCUCCUCCCACCCCAAAACUGUACAAAGUGUUUUGUUUGGAGGGAUUAAGGUUGCUUUGUGACACUUAUGUGUAAGAGUGAAGAACUUGUAUUGCUACAGAUAAAUGUAACACCUGUAAAACAAGUAACACUUGAUUUUCCCCUUCUAUUGUUGUUUUGUCAUUGAAAUACAUCACGACCUUCCACAUCCAGUAAACAUCAAAAACACAACACAAGGCUAUCCAGAGGCCAUGGCUGCUCUGUAAAUGUGCUGUAGCCAUAUCCUGGAGGUGAAUCACAAACACAUCUAGCUAGAGGAGGCUGUCUGGUAAACCAUAACGCAGUUAUCCUUGCAAUUCUGAUGUGAUUCUGCUUCAAACACACAAAGAAGUUUAAAUUCUUUUUGUGCAGCUCUUACAUCAAUGCUAUGUACAUAAACCUGAGUCUGUGCCCUCACUAUCCAGCAACUAUGUUUGAUCUUUUUAUAUACGCAUAAAAAGAUUUUCUUGAAA